AUGCCCGAGCUGGCAAAUGUGAAUAAAGGUAGAGAUGUUGAUGAACAUACGGGAAUACUCGACAUACAAUUCAAGCGAGGCGUCAUUGUUUCGCUGAAUUCGGAACAGCGACGAAGAGCUGAGAACGCCGAGAUGAAGAAGGAGCUGGAAGAGAUUCGCAGUGAACUGUUGGAACGAAGAAGAAGAUCUAUCGCGAAGAACCUUCUAGAGGUUAAUCAGUCGGGAGUAGAAACGGAGAAGAUGGUUGGUUCUAUGUUAACUCCAAGCUCGGCUGCCUUCUUGAUUGCCAAUUCUGUACAACCAUCCUGA